AUCUCAUGGUAAAUCUAAUCCUCAACCUUGUAGGCUAAGCCUAGGUGCACUGAGUUCGGUCUGAUAUGUCAGCUUCCUGCAUUUACUCACACACACAGAGCUGUACAUUUCAGUGUAGAGAAACACACUGUAACAUUCAGAUACACACAAAACAAGAUAACAAAGAUGGCCGUGUCUGUCAGUGCAGGGGAUUCUGAAAUCAUUGAGGUUGAAACAAACCUUUCUGAGGAUUCGGCAAACUACUUCAAUAUGAAGAUAAACAGAGCAAAAAAAAGAGAGGCAGUCCAAAAAUCAGGUCCUGCAGGUAAAAUGCUCUAUAUACUGGUUGGUGUCAGCUUUGGGCUAAUGUGUGUUCUGCAAGUCACUCUGAACAUCUCCUUGCGUCUUGCCCACUCUAACUUCUUGGAGGAACAGAUAAAAUGGUUAGAGACCAGUUAUAACAACCUUACUGAAGAGAAAAAACAGCUACAGAUCAGUUAUAACAACCUUACUGAAGUGAGAAAAACGCUACAGAUCAGUUACAACAACCUUACUGAAGAGAGAGACAAGUUCACUGAGCUGGAAUGGAGGACGUUUAACACCAGCUUGUACUACGUCUCCAACGACUAUAAAACUUGGGAAGACAGCAGACAGGACUGUCUGAAAAGAGGAGCAGACCUGGCAGUCAUAAACAGCGAAGAGGAACAGGUGUUUAUCAGUCAACUGAACACCAAGCCCUGGAUAGGUCUGACUGACAAGGAUUCUGAGGGGACCUGGAAAUGGGUGGACGGAACCCCACUGACCACAGCGUUUUGGUCUACUGAAGAGCCUAAUGAUCGAGCUGUGAAUGGAGAGGACUGUGUCAGCCUUUAUUACCAUACCCAGCCUGUAUUGAAGAACUGGAAUGACCUAGCAUGCAACACAGAAUUUAUGUGGAUCUGUGAGAUUGUAAAUGGCUGAUCCACAGACAAACAGACACUCAGAUUCUGUAAAUACACACAUGCAGGGAGACACACACACACACACACACACACACUACACACACACUCACUCACUCACACACACAGCUUUGACUUUUUAGGAGGUAAGAAUGUAUACACACCCUUAGAGAUAGCUUUUUUCCCCAUGUAUUCUUGUUUCUUGUUUAUAAUACAUGAAUUACAGAUGUUAUUUGGCAUUUUAAGUAUUUGCUUUACUGUUAUUAGCCGUUACUGGAUUGCAUUCACUGUGGAACCAUUUUCACAAGUAUGUGGUACAUUUCCAUAACUCAGAGUACAAAACUCCAAACUGGUCACACUUGUAACGGAG